CAUGAUUUGGGAGUUACAUUCUGGGACAUGGAUGAGUCUGCACUGACCCUUGGCACAAUAGAUGUUUCUUAUCUGCCCAGUUCUUCAGAAUACAGCCUCGGUCGAUGUAAACAUGCAAGUGAGGAAUGGGGUGACUGUGGGUUUAGACCCACCUUCUUCAGAUCUGCAACGUUAAAAUGGAAAGAAAGCCUCAUGAGCCGGAAAAGACCAUUUGUUGGAAGAUGCUGUUAUUCCUGCACUCCUCAGAGCUGGGAAAAGUUUUUUAACCCUAGCAUCCCAUCUUUGGGUUUGCGGAAUGUUAUUUAUAUCAAUGAAACUCAUACCAGGCACCGCGGCUGGCUUGCCAGACGUCUUUCAUACAUCCUGUUCAUUCAAGAGCGGGAUGUCCAUAAGGGCAUGUUUGCCACCAACAUCACAGAAAAUGUCCUAAACAGCAGCAGAGUACAAGAGGCAAUUGCUGAAGUGGCUGCUGAGUUGAAUUCGGAUGGUUCUGCCCAGCAGCAAUCCAAAGCCCUCCAGAAAGUGAAGAAGAAAGCCAAAAAGAUCCUUCAAGAAAUGGUCGCUACUGUGUCACCAGGGAUGAUCAGAUUGACGGGGUGGGUGCUGCUAAAACUAUUCAACAGCUUCUUCUGGAACAUUCAGAUUCACAAGGGUCAACUUGAGAUGGUUAAAGCUGCAACCGAGACAAGUCUGCCGCUUCUGUUCCUGCCUGUGCACCGGUCCCAUAUCGACUACCUGCUGCUCACCUUCAUUCUCUUCUGCCACAACAUCAAAGCGCCCUACAUCGCUUCGGGCAAUAACCUAAACAUUCCCAUCUUCAGUACCUUGAUCCAUAAGCUUGGGGGCUUUUUCAUACGACGGAGGCUAGAUGAAACACCAGAUGGACGGAAAGAUAUUCUCUAUAGAGCUUUGCUUCAUGGGCAUAUAGUUGAGCUACUCCGGCAGCAGCAGUUCUUGGAGAUUUUUCUGGAAGGCACACGCUCCCGUAGUGGGAAAACCUCCUGUGCCCGGGCAGGACUGUUGUCAGUGGUGGUAGACACUCUUUCCACCAACACCAUCCCCGACAUCUUGGUGAUACCGGUUGGCAUCUCCUACGAUCGCAUAAUUGAAGGUCACUAUAAUGGUGAACAACUGGGCAAACCCAAGAAGAAUGAGAGCCUGUGGAGUGUAGCACGAGGUGUUAUUAGGAUGUUACGGAAAAACUAUGGCUAUGUCAGAGUGGACUUCGCACAACCAUUUUCUUUAAAGGAGUAUUUAGAAAGCCAAAGUCAGAAACCUGUGUCUGCGCCCCAUUCUUUGGAGCAAGCAUUGUUACCAGUGAUACUUCCUUCCAGACCUAAUGAUGCUGCUGAUGAAGGUGUAGACACGUCUAGUAAUGAGUCCCGGAAUGCAGCCGAUGAAUCCUUUCGACGAAGGCUGAUUGCAAAUCUGGCGGAACACAUUCUCUUCACUGCUAGCAAGUCUUGUGCCAUUAUGUCCACCCACAUCGUGGCCUGCCUGCUCCUCUACAGACACAGGCAGGGCAUCCAUCUCUCUACACUGGUGGAAGACUUCUUUGUGAUGAAGGAGGAAGUGCUGGCUCGUGACUUUGACCUGGGUUUCUCAGGAAACUCAGAAGAUGUAGUCAUGCAUGCCAUACAGCUUCUGGGAAACUGUGUCACCAUCACACACACAAGCCGGAAUGAUGAGUUUUUUAUUACUCCCAACACAACUGUCCCAUCCGUCUUCGAACUCAACUUCUAUAGCAACGGGGUGCUUCAUGUCUUUAUCAUGGAGGCCAUCAUAGCCUGCAGCCUUUAUGCCAUUCUGAGUAAGAGGGGCUCAGGAGGGUCUGCCAGCACCCCCGGCAGCCUGAUCAGCCAGGAGCAGCUGGUGCGGAAGGCAGCCAGCCUGUGCUACCUGCUCUCCAACGAAGGCACCAUCUCUCUGCCCUGCCAGACAUUUUACCAAGUUUGCCAUGAAACAGUCGGAAGGUUUAUCCAGUAUGGAAUUCUUACUGUGGCAGAGCAAGAUGACCAGGAAGAUAUCAGUCCUGGUCUUGCAGAGCAGCAGUGGGACAAGAAGCUCCCUCAGCCUUUGAACUGGAGAAGCGGUGAAGAAGAUGAAGACAGCGACUUUGGGGAGGAGCAGCGGGAUUGCUACCUAAAGGUGAGUCAGUCCAAGGAGCACCAGCAGUUCAUCUCCUUCCUGCAGAGGCUUCUUGGGCCCCUGCUGGAGGCCUACAGCUCUGCCGCCACCUUCAUCCACAACUUCAGUGGUCCUGUCGCUGAGCCCGAGUACCUGCAGAAACUGCACAAGUUCCUCAUAACCAGAACAGAACGGAAUAUCGCUGUGUAUGCCGAGAGCGCCACGUAUUGUCUUGUGAAGAAUGCUGUGAAAAUGUUUAAGGAUAUCGGGGUGUUCAAAGAAACCAAGCAAAAGAAAGUAUCUGUUUUAGAACUGAGCAGCACUUUCCUACCUCAGUGCAACCGGCAAAAACUUCUAGAAUAUAUUCUGAGUUUUGUGGUGCUGUAGAUAAUUUGUGGCACCUUUUAUGGAUGAAGGGCUGGAGAUGAGUGCCGUUUAGGCUCCGGCGCAGUCUGAGAGUGGCAGUGCCACGGCAGGCCUGCCCCGCCCCGCCCCGCCCCGCCCUGAGGGGCCUCCUGGAAGAAAAGUGCCUUCUGCCCUCGGGACCUGUGCUCUUCCCAACUCCAUGCAGUGGCCUGCACAUGACCUUCAGGGCCUCGGCCCCCCCUUUGCAGCGCGUAAUCAGUAGAUUGCUAGAUGAAGCCUCAAUAAAUUAUUUUAGAGUUGAUUAAAGAUUCACCUUUUAAGUACAACUUUUAAGGACUAAUUACUGUGAUGGACACCAAUGCAUAGUUGUCUUGGAGAUCUGACUCUUGUGAAUUACACAUCAUGCUGUUUUCUGAUUCAUAAUUAAUGCUUCCUUGAAGAACAUUGGGCCAUUCCUCCACUUCU